AUGAGCCGGCCCCUGGCGGCGUCGGCGGAGGCGGAGGAGGAACUGGAGUGGCAAGUGGCGAGUCGCCGGAGGAAGGCCUGGGCCAAGUGCCGCAGCUCCUGGCAGGCGUCGGAGACGGAGGACCUGUCCACGGAAGCCACGACGCAGGACGAGGACGAGGACGACGAGGAGGACCUGCCCGGCGCGAAGCUGCCGGCGGCCGCCGGCAGAGGAAACGUGCCCAACGAGAAGAUCGCGAUAUGGCUCAAGGACUGCCGUACGCCUUUGGGAGCCUCACUGGAUGAACAAAGCAGUGGUACACUGAAGGGUGUGCUUGUGCGAAAUGGAGGAAGUUUUGAAGAUGAUUUGUCAUUGGGAGCUGAAGCCAACCACCUUCAUGAAAGUGAUGCUCAAAUGGAAAAUUGCAAUAAUAUCUUGGCCAAAGAGAGAAGACUACAGUUUCAUCAGAAGGGGAGAAGUAUGAAUUCCACUGGAUCUGGGAAAAGCAGUGGGACAGUCUCAAGUGUUUCAGAAUUGUUGGAACUUUAUGAGGAAGAUCCAGAAGAAAUUCUUUAUAAUCUUGGAUUUGGACGAGAUGAACCAGAUAUCGCUUCUAAAAUUCCUUCCAGAUUUUUUAAUUCAUCAUCAUUUGCCAGAGGGAUAGACAUUAAAGUAUUUUUGAGUGCUCAAAUGCAACGGAUGGAAGUAGAGAACCCCAAUUAUGCUUUAACAAGCCGUUUUCGCCAAAUCGAAGUACUUACUACUGUGGCCAAUGCGUUUUCUUCUUUAUAUUCUCAAGUCUCUGGGACUCCCCUGCAGAGGAUCGGAAGUAUGUCCUCAGUGACCUCUAACAAAGAGGCAGACUCACCUCCUCCUUUAACUCGAAGUAACACUGCAAAUCGCUUAAUCAAAACACUAUCAAAACUGAAUUUGUGUGUUGAUAAAACAGAGAAAGGAGAAAGUAGUAGUCUUUCUCCAGCAAUUGAAAAGGGAAAAAUUCUAGAUGUUUCAAUGAUUGAAGACAGUGGCAAUAAAAAUGAUCAAAAGUCUCAAAAAAUCAUAAAGAAGAAAGACUCGUCUUCUAUGUUGGCUACAGUCAAAGAAGAAGGCUCAGGUUGUUCAGCAAGUGCUCUAGAGAAUGCAGACACUGAUAGACUUUCUGAUGAAGCAAGUGGUAAUUUUCACCAAGAAACUGAAAGUGAACCAAGUAAAGAAACUCAGAGUCAUAAGAGUAAACUGGGUGAGGUGUCUGGCCUUCUAGAAUCUGAUUUAGGAAGUGAUAUCAACAUAUCCAGCCACGGUGUGUUAGAAAAUAGCAGUGAGCUGAGAAACGUUCAUGUGUCCACACCUGAAAAAGAGCCCUGUGCACCGCUCACAAUCCCUUCCAUAAGGAACAUACUGACACAGCAGAAGGACUCCUUUGAAAUGGAGGAGGUUCAAAGCACAGAGGGAGAAGCUCCUCACAUUCCAGCCACUUACCAGCUAGGCCUUGCCAAGUCAAAAAGAGAUCAUCUAUUACGUACUGCAAGUCAGCAUUCUGAUAGCAGUGGUUUUGCUGAAGAUUCUACAGAUUGUCUCUCACUUAAUCAUCUUCAGGUUCAUGAGUCCUUGCAAGCCAUGGGGAGUAGCGCUGAUAGUUGUGACAGUGAGACAACAGUCACAUCAUUUGGUGAAGACCUUGUUACACCAACAGCACAAGAUCAACCUUAUUUUAAUGAAUCAGAGGAGGAGUCUCUCAGCCUUCUUCAGAAAGGAAGAGUGAAGGCUGCACCAAAAGCUGACAAAAGGCAGUCAGAUGGCCAGGAUUUGGCUCAGCAUGAGACUGUUGAAGACACAGAAAACAAACAGUCCACCUGCAGCCCAGGGGAUCACGUCACUGAAAUUGAAGAGGAUUUGUCUCCAGCACAGACAGUAGAGUUGCCGAGGGAAGCCAGUGCUGAAAGUGAUUUGGAUAAAAGCAGUGAAUGUGAAUUCACUCAGUAUACCACACACCAUAUCCUGAAAUCACUGGCAUCUAUUGAAGCUACUACAUGCAGUGAGAUGAGCUCUGAAAAUAAGGUGGAACCUCCCUCUUCUGUGGACAGAGUUCAUACAGCCUUGCAGAGAGCUCAAAUGAAGGUUUGCAGUCUGUCUAAUCAAAGGGUAGGGCGUAGCCUCAUAAAAUCAAAGGAUCUGUUAAAACAAAAAUAUUUAUUUGCAAAAGCUGGCUAUCCUCUGAGGAGGUCUCAGUCUUUACCAACCACGUUACUGAGCCCAGUUAGGGUUGUGUCCUCUGUCAAUGUCCGGUUGUCUCCUGGAAAAGAGACUAGAUGCAGCCCACCUUCCUUCACCUAUAAGUACACACCUGAAGACGAGCAGGAAUUGGAAACAGGGGCUGUUGAGCGUGACGGUCAGUCUUUAGUUAAAUCCACCAUUUUCAUCUCUCCAUCAUGUGUGAAGAAAGAAGAAGCUGCCCCUAGUGAGAUGACCCAGCUGGAGGAAUGCCAUCCUAGAAGGACUGCUGCUGGUUUACACUUUGCUCCAGCACCCAUCUCUCAGUCCACCUGCUCCCUUCACUCUGUGCACUCAGAGUGGCAGGAGAGGCCCCUGUGUGAGCACAUGAGAACUCUGAGCACUCACAGUGUUCCCAACAUCUCAGGUGCCACCUGUAGUGCCUUCACUUGCCCUUUCGGGUGUCCUUACUCACAAAGACAUGCUGCCUACCCUCACCGAGUGUGCUCUGCGAAUCCUCCUUCUGCCAUCGAAAUGCAACUGCGAAGAGUGUUGCAUGAUAUUAGGAACUCACUGCAGAAUCUUUCCCAGUACCCUAUGAUGAGAGGACCUGAUUUUGUUGCUGCUCCAUAUAGUACUCAGAAAUCAUCUGUUCUACCUCUUUAUGAAAAUACUUUGCAGGAGCUCCAAGUAAUGAGGCGGAGCCUGAAUUUGUUUAGAACACAAAUGAUGGAUUUAGAGUUGGCAAUGCUGCGUCAGCAAUCCAUGGUUUAUCAUCAUAUGACUGAGGAGGAAAGGUAUGAAGUUGAUCAGCUCCAAAGUUUGCGAAAUUCAGUUCGUAUGGAGCUUCAGGAGCUGGAACUGCAGCUGGAGGAGCGCCUGCUGGGCCUGGAUGAGCAGCUGCGCGCAGUGCGGGUGUCCUCACCUUUCCGCUCCUCGGCACUUGUGGGAAUGUGUGGCAGUAGAAGUGCUGAUAACUUGUCAUGCCCUUCUCCAUUGAAUGUAAUGGAACCAGUCACUGAACUGAUACGGGAACAGUCAUACCUGAAGUCUGAAUUGGGCCUGGGGCUUGCAGAAAUGGGAUUUGAACUUCCUCCUGGAGAAAGCUCAGAAUCUGUUUUUUCUCAAGCAACAUCAGAGUCAUCUUCUGUGUGUUCUGGUCCCUCUCAUGCUCACAGAAGAAUUGCAAUACCUCCUAGUGACUCAGUAGGCAGACCUAAAACUCAGUUAGUGGCAAGAAAGAAAGUCUUCCGAGCAUCAGUGGCCUUAACACCCACUGCUCCCUCUAGAACAGGUUCUGUGCAGACGCCACCAGACCUGGAAACUUCCGAGGAAAUUGGAGCAGCUGAAGAAAUCUCAGAAGUUGUUGGAAUUAAAUCUGAAGUGGAAGAAGAGCAAGGACAACUCCCGUCGAGGCCAGCUGCUGAGGAAGUGCAUAAAAAUGUAGAGCAGGAUGAAUUGCAGCAAGUUAUACGGGAGAUUAAAGAGUCUAUUGUUGGGGAAAUCAGACGGGAAAUUGUAAGCGGACUUUUGGCAGCAGUAUCUUCAAGUAAAGCAUCUAAUUCUAAACAAGAUAGUCAUUAAAUGGAAUUAUAGGUUAGCGUGGACCCUGUUGGCUGUGUGAUUUUGGAGCUGUUGACCAUGUACACUGUGGAGAAGUUACUUGUGCUUCAGAAGACACUUGCUGCUGAGUGGGGCUACUGUAGACAGUGUACCAGGUGUAUCUUCUCUGCAUAUUCUUUAAAACAUAUAGAAACUUAGGCACUUUGCUGACUAUUUUCUAAACUUUCAAAAGCAGUUUGUAACCUAAUAUUUAUUUCUAUGUUAACAUUUUUCCAAUUGAUUCCCUAUGUAGAAUUAAUUAUAAAACUUGAAUACUUCCAGAUUUAAUCCACUUAUAAAUAACAUAUUUCUUCAGACUAGCUUCUUAAAACACUGACCUCUGUGAGGUAUGUACUGUGCAAUAACUGAUUCAUUUUUUUGAGAGCUUGAAGCAACCAAUGAUUUUCCCUCCACUGCUGUUUGUUAGUGUCACUUCCAAGAAGAAAAACUGUUCUGUUGUACAAAUUACUCUGAAUUCUUGGGGAGGUUACUAAUAGCAGUAGGAUAGAAUUAUAUGAGGUUACCUAUAACUACUUAAUGUUCUUACACUGUAAACCUUGUUACUUUAUCCAAGACAAAUGUAAUUUUAUUAUAGCUUAUGUAGUAUUUUUGUUUUGGAAAAAUGUGCCUUAUGUUAAACACUAUGUACCUUUUGCAUUGUCCAGACUUCUUUAUUCUAAGAACAUGUUUCUUCUACUGUGUUGUAGACUAAGUAGUAGAAUUUCAUCAAAAUAAUGGGGCCUAUGACUUGAAUGGAUAGAAUUGAAUAAGCUGGUUUUGUUUUUGUCAAAAUGGAAGUAAUUUAGAUUUGUUCUCCUUAUACAUAAAUGCAUAAAUGGUUUUAAUUCAAGUUUUAACCAAUGAAAACUGUUUUUUUGAAAAAAGGAAAGUGGUUUCCUAUUUGGUUUUGUAUGUGUUAAAUAAAUGUGUAAAAUAACUAAAUGUUAUUGGAAUUCUUCUUUUAGAAUUUAUGAUUUCCAACUAUUGUCUCUUUUUGUGUGACACUUUAAUCAAAAGUGGUUGAGAUGUUAACAGGUUCUUUGAAAGAAUAUCUAAAAGGUUUAUAAAUGUUUGAAAUACCACUCAAAAGCUGAUUUCUAAAAAAAACCAAUUUAAAACAAUAAAGUAUUUAUUUUGCCUAA